AUGGUGCUUUCUCAUGAGACUCCAAGUUACGAUGGAUUGGUUGUAAUUGGUAGUUUUCGAAGCAAAACUUGGACAAUUGUUCACUUCCCAUACUGUGUUUCUAGUGUGAAAUCGGGUCCUGUUGUGAAUGAAAAUCUACAUUGGUUUGCUUCUAAAGAAAGUUGGGGUUGCUUCUUUGCACCCUAUCAAAUCAUUUACUUCAAUCCAUGGAAGAAUAUGUUCAAGAAGUUACCAAGGCCACAACCUAAGGAUGGAGAUGGAGAUAUUCUACUCAGUUUGGGGAUUUUAGAAGGAUGUCGUUGUAUGGUUCGCUCUUGCGAGCACCCAACCGAUCAUGUGGAUAGAGUUGAGGUGUUGGUGAUAAAGAAAUAUGGUAUCCAAGAAUCUUCGACUACCAUGUUCAUUCUAUCGAAUUUGCCUAACUUGCAUAUUUAUGAUAAUGUACUACCAUUGUGUUUUACAAAGAAUGGUGAGAUUCUAAUGAAAAUUGGCAGGAACCAUGUAAGAGCAUAUAAUCCUAACGACAACUCGCAAAGGGAUAUUAGGAUUCCAACCGAGAGUCACUAUUUCUAUCACUACAACAAAACUGGGUUUUUAUGGCUUUACAUCAAUGACAUACAGUAA